AUGGGGAGGCACUCUUGCUGCUACAAGCAGAAGCUAAGGAAAGGCCUAUGGUCACCUGAGGAAGAUGAGAAACUUUUAAGGCAUAUUACUAAGUAUGGUCAUGGAUGUUGGAGCUCUGUCCCAAAGCAAGCUGGUUUGCAAAGGUGUGGCAAGAGCUGCAGACUAAGGUGGAUUAAUUACUUGAGGCCUGAUUUGAAAAGAGGCACAUUCUCACAGCAGGAAGAGAACCUCAUAAUUGAACUUCAUGCAGUUCUAGGAAAUAGGUGGUCUCAGAUUGCGGCACAAUUGCCUGGAAGGACAGACAAUGAAAUAAAGAAUCUGUGGAACUCUUGCUUAAAGAAAAAACUUAGGCAGAGAGGCAUUGACCCUGCAACCCACAAACUACUUUCUGAGGUUGAAAAUGGAGAGGACAAGAAUCCUCCUGCCAGUGGCACCCAAGAUAAAGCCUCUGCAGUCUCCAAUACUGAACUCAACCUCCUCAAAGCUGAUAAUUCUAAGCCCUCGGGAGCAAAUUUACAAGAAAAAAGAUUAUCUCCGAUAUCUCCACAUGGUUACCAGUUGGAGAGGGAAAGUACUUCCAGCUCGAAGGCUAUGAAUGGGAGCAGCAAUGCCAAAAAUGACCAUGGUAACAACAAUUUGAUGACACCAACAAUCAACAAGGACUUUUUCUUGGAUAGGUUUACAGCUUUCCACCAUGAAAGCUCCACAAGUAACUGCCAGCCUUCGGAUUUUGUAGGGAAUUUCCCUCUUCGGCAAUUGAAUUAUGCAUCCAAUGCCAGGCUUGCAACGAACUCGAUCCCCUCUCUGUGGCUGAGCCAAACCAGCAAAGCUUUUGACACGAAUUCUGAAUUCUCUUCCACUGUGAUACCCUCCAUUCUUCCACCAGCAGUAACAAGCUCAUUUCUUUCUACAUCUAUGGGCUACAAGCCUUCCAUUACUGUUCCACCUGGCAAUCCUCCAUUGCCUUCUUUUUCAACCAACAGCUGUCGGCUUUGGGAAACCGGUGCCCCCAGCAACAACAGUAACAGCAGUACUGGAAGCAAUGGCAGUACGGAGCUGCAAAGCCACAGUUCCUUCUUUGAGAAUACCAUCUUUUCUUGGGGAUUAGGAGAUUGUAGCUCAACAGAAAAGGAGGCACAGAACCCCUUGAUGGCAAGCCAACAGGAGGACAUCAAGUGGCCUGAAUAUCUUCAAAAUCCAUUGCUCAUGGUUGCUGCUUUACAAAAUCAAAAUCAGCAAUCUUUGUUCAAUGAGAUAAAAUCAGAAACACGUCUCCUAACAGAAAAUUCAAGUGGUAUGUGGCCUCAUAACCAGCAGCAACAUGAACCUUUACAAAAUCCUGAUGUAUGUCCCAAGGAUAUACAGAGAAUUACAGCAUCUUAUGGUGAGUUCAUUGGACCAGAGGGAUUGAAGGAAAUCGGUGGGAAAUUAACAAAGAAAUGGAAAUUACUGGUGGUGUUUACGGGGGGAGGAGGACCCACUGGUGACUCAAGGUCAGCCAAGGAAGGGAAUCUUUUGCGCAGCCACACCCACACGUACAAGUAUGCCCUUCGCUCUAACCAGAUGGAUCAAAUGAGCAGGCCAAAUUGUCGGGCCUUUUUGUUUCAUUUGUGA